AUGGCCGACGACGCAGACCUCGAUACACGCUUGGCCAGCCAGGUCACCGCGCUCUCAACGCAGUUGGUCACGGAGGUGGCCAAGCUGCUGCUGUUGGAAGAAACCGUGGUGCUGCUCAGGCGCGAGCAGGCCCUCUUGAAAACUCGGGUAUCGGCGCUCGAGCCCGUGGAAUCCGAGCACAAAGCCGCCCGCGACCAGCUCGCCGCGUUGCAGCUCAGCCUCGCGGCGCUCGCCGCCCAGAAAGAUGCCGCCGAGGCCAAGAACAAGCAGCUCGAGGGCGAGGUGGAGGACCUCACGGCGUCGUUGUUCAACGAGGCCAACGAGAUGGUGCUGAACGCCAGCCGCGAGGCGUACAACUACAAGUUGAAGAACCGCAAGUUGAUCGAGGAGUUGGCCGAGAAGGACGCCAUCAUCGACAACUUGCAGGCGCAGCUCCUGGACUUGAAGGCCUUGUUUGUGCAGAUGGACGAGCGGCAGCAGCUGGCGUCACGUGUGGCCACGCCUCGUCCCGCCGAACCCGCGUAUGUGCCUGUGCCUCCCGUGCUCCAGCAGCUUCUCUACGGCGUGCGCGGCCGCGCCGUGCGCUUCGACUUGCCCGCGUACCAGCUCGACUUCAAGGCGUUCGUGUACCAGCUCAUCAAGCCCGGCUUCAGCUUUGACUUGGCGUCGCUCCGCACGCUCAAGUACUUCCGCCGCGUGUGGGCCGAGGAGCUCGAGCCCUGCGUGCCGGUGAUCCCGGCGCUCACGGGCAACACGUUCAUGCGGCGCUGGACCAAGGGCAAGUCGUUCUGGAGCGUGUUGGUGGAGGGCCGCGCCAUCAUCGAGCCGGUGGCCGGCGUCAACGAGACCUUCAAGUUGACCUACAAGGGCGUGCGGCGGGGCAGCGGCGCCCCGGUGGCGUUGAAGGACGCGUGUGCGUUCUGCGGCGAGAACAAGGACGAUCGCUUGGAGCACGCGCGGCUCUACAACUUGCGGUUGUACGGCCCAGCCGAGGCGGGCGCGGAGCCCGGUGCCACGGACACGGGCGGCGAGCCGCACGCGGCCAUUGCCACGUACCCGCUCUGCAACUUCUGCGUGGUCAAGUUGCGGGCGCUCUGCACGUUCUUCGCCACCUUGCGCGUGGUGCACUCCAACAUCUACAAGUUGCCGCAGAACAGCACGUACGACGACGUGGCCUAUGCCAACAGCUUCCAGUUCAAGCGGCCGCCCGACGCCGUGCGGCCCGCGCUGGCGCCGGAGCUGGAGCCCGUGUUUGUCAAGCUCUACUUGACGUUCCUCGUGCUCCGCGCACGGAUCUUCUGGAGCCGGAUCGGUUUCUGGGACACGGACGAGGACGUGGAGUGGCUCAAUGUGGACGAGGUGCCGCUUGCCACCUUCCGGGCGGCCGUGCAGGACAACGUGGCGUUCCAGCAC